AAACUAGAUAGAGAAAAAAAAUAAUAAUAAUCAGUCUUAAUUUUUGAUUGCAUUUACUUUUUGAGAUUGUUUAAAAAAAGCUAGCGACUCCUCUUUUUGGUCGGAGAUAAGGAAUGCAUUAUUCAUAUGCUAAAUAAAGCUUAAAGAAUUUAUAUAGAAAGUAGGCAAAGAACAAGUCUACAUGAGAUUCUGGUUGUGGCAAUCUCUUAUAUUUCAUUCCCCUCUCUAGUUGGUUUCUGCUGGUCUUGGCAUUUGCUCCUUUUGGCCAUCUCUUAAGCAAGCACAACACUCAUACACAAAAAAACUAUUAGCAAUAUGUCUUUUUUAAUUUCACCCUUCAGCAUAAUCCUCAUUUCUCUCAUUGUCUACACUAUAGCAAUAAGCACCAAUAGAGAAACUCUAGAAUUUCCCAUUGCUGGUAGCAGAAGCUGCAAAAGUAAAAAAAAUCACAAAAUACCCAUUGCACUUGAAUGUCCAAAGUUACCAACCCCAUCUCUACCUCUCAAAGCAGAAGUAUUAGUAUUUGCUGAUCAAAGGCUAUCUGUUGUAUACCCUAUCAUACAGAAAUUUAAGUCCAUAAUUACCUCGGAUCCGUUAGGCAUCACUAAAACUUGGGUAGGCUCAGAUUUAUGCAACUACAAAGGCUUCUAUUGUGAUAACCCUCCAGACAACAAGUCUGCAGUCGCUGUUGCUUCCAUAGACUUCAAUGGAUUCCAACUUGCUGCGCCCACUCUCGAUGGGUUUCUUGAUCAACUUCCUGAUAUUGCCCUCUUUCAUGCAAAUUCCAAUUUCUUUUCUGGUUCCAUAUCUCCAAAUAUUGCCAAGCUUCCUUAUCUCUACGAGCUUGACAUAAGUAACAAUUUAUUUUCUGGUUUAUUUCCUACAGCUGUUCUUAGCAUGAAUGGUUUAACAUUCUUGGACAUUCGUUUCAAUUUCUUUUCUGGUUCAAUACCACCUCAAUUAUUUACAAAAGAACUCGACGCUCUCUUUCUUAACAACAACAAUUUCAUGACGAGUUUGCCUGACAAUUUAGGAAGCACCCAUAUAAUUUAUCUUACCUUAGCCAACAACAAAUUCAUCGGUCCAAUCCCAAGAAACAUUUUCAAGGCGUUUUCUUCUUUGAGUGAGGUUCUACUCUUGAAUAAUCAGUUAACAGGUUGUUUACCUUAUGAGAUUGGUCUGCUAAAAGAGGCUACAGUAUUUGAUGCUGGCAACAAUCAGUUAACAGGGCCAUUGCCAUUAUCUUUGGCUUGUUUGGAAAAUGUGGAGCAGCUGAAUUUUGCUGGUAAUAUGUUGUUUGGUAUGGUGCCAGAGUUGGUAUGCGAGCUACAAAGUUUGGUUAACUUAUCUUUAUCUGAUAAUUAUUUUAUCACAGUUGGGCCUUUGUGUAGGAUUUUAAUUGAGAAAGGAGUGGUUGAUAUUAGAAACAAUUGCAUUCCUGAUCUUCCUUUUCAAAGAUCUGUAGAGGAAUGUGCAGAUUUCUUUGCACACCCCAAAUUCUGUCCCAGAAUGUGGUCUUAUACUUACAGUCCUUGUAAGCGUCCUUUCACUUAUGCUUCUAUGAUUCCUGGAAUGGCCCCUUCACCUUGACAGCUUUACCUCCUCAUCUUGCUCAUUGCUGCUCUGUAUUUCAGAAUUCUUUAAUUAAGAUAUAUUGUAUGCAUAAGUAAUCAAUUUUUUUCACUUCAAUUCAAGUUAUGCAAUAGAUUUGUCAACAAAAAUGCUUGGGAACUAGUUAAAUGAGCAUAAUUGCAUCAUAUGCGAAUUAAUAUAUACUGCUUGCUAUAUUUUCGCUUUAUUUUGGACUCUUAGUAGAGUAUUCAAAUGCCAAUUUGUCAAUGGUGAAUGUGUUUGUUUAUACAUGUAUUUAUACAUUUGCUACGUGUUCCUAUUUUCCAAAGGGGAAAAAGAUAAUGCAAGCUGCAGAAUAUAAUGGGGAACCAAGAUGGUAUGCUUCAGUAAAGGAAAAGGAAAGGUGAUUUAUUCUGUGAAUAUGGUCCCAAUUUUUCUCCAUACUAAAAGUGAGAUUGAAGCAACUUCUUGUUACUUGUAUCUUGAAAUGGUGAGAUUGUUGUUGAGAGCUUGAAGGUCCCAUUUGAGUUAGAGAUUACCAUCUCCUACUGCAACCAUGUGGUCCAGCUCAAAAAGCUGUCCAUUAAAGAACAAGUUAUGAUUAAAAGGUACAAUGCAUUAUGCAUAGCCUUGUCAGUGAUCACUGUUGUUUUUGAUUUUAUUAUGUUUUUAGUGGUAAUGGAGAGCUGCUGAUGCUAA